UUCCCACGUGACGCGUUCACCUGUUUCCACAACCUGUUUACUGACUGCCGCCCGAAAGCCGCUUUCGAAGCGGUCAUUUUCAAACACCCUCAUUGUUUUCCGCUCCGUAUUUUUUGUUUAAAACUAAUCCAGGGGGUUGAAUAAAUUCAACAGGCGACGCCACGAGGUAAAAAUUUGGCUUUUGUAGUUUUUUUGGGCGUGUUUUUGCCCGGACUUCGACCUCACUGCGAUCAAACUUUGUUGGUGAACUGUAGACGUUGGACGCCGGACGACAACUGACCUUUUUUUGUACAGUAAACAAGAUAAAGGUUACAAGGUGAGGAUCACCAUGGAGGACAUGGACCUUUCAUUAGAGAACACCUCCAUUGUCCACCUGACCGCGCCCAUACUUCCGGACACAGCGGACAUCUCCAACAUGACCAUCCUUCGCACGGGCAACGGCACCAUCGUGCACGACCAGAUGUUCCUAAACACGCUGCCCGCCCGCGGCCUCUCCGGCAUCUUUGUGUGGUCCGCCUUGCUUAUCACCUGUCAUCAGAUCUACACACACCUGCGCUCCUACACCGUCCCCAACCAGCAGCGCUACAUCAUCCGAAUCCUCCUCAUCGUGCCCAUUUACGCCUUCGACUCCUGGCUCAGCCUGCUGUUCAUCAGCGACAACCAGUACUACGUCUACUUCGACUCGGUUCGGGACUGCUACGAAGCAUUCGUCAUUUAUAAUUUCCUGAGUCUGUCCUUUGAGUACCUGGGAGGAGAGAGCGCAAUUAUGUCCGAGAUCCGAGGGAAGUCAAUACAAUCGAGCUGCCUCUAUGGUACCUGCUGUCUGGGCGGAAUGAGCUACUCCAUCGGAUUCCUACGAUUUUGUAAACAGGCGACGCUUCAAUACUGCAUCGUCAAGCCCAUCAUGGCGGCCAUCACCAUCCUCCUGCAGGCCUACGGAAAAUACCACGAUGGAGAUUUUAACGUGAACGGCGGCUACCUGUACAUCACCAUCAUCUACAACUUCUCCGUCAGCCUGGCGCUCUACGCCCUCUUCCUCUUCUUCUUUGCCACCAGCGACCUCCUCCGGCCGUACGAGCCCGUGCUCAAGUUCCUCACCAUCAAGUCCGUCAUCUUCUUAUCCUUCUGGCAAGGAAUGGUUCUCGCCAUCCUGGAGCGCUGCGGCGUCAUCCCCAAGGCGCUCUACAUCGACGGACACGAGGUGGGCGCCGGCACCGUGGCGGCCGGCUGGCAGAACUUCAUCAUUUGCAUCGAGAUGUUCUUUGCCGCCAUCGCCCUGCGAUACGCCUUCACAUGCACGGUGUACCAGGAGAAGAAGAACGACGUGCCAGCCGAGAACAUGCCGCCCAUGCAGAGCAUCUCCAGCGGUCUGAAGGAGACCAUCAACCCGGGCGACAUGGUCCAGGACGCCAUCCACAACUUCUCCCCCGCCUACCAGCAGUACACCCAGCAGUCCAUGCAGGAGGUGGUCCCGCCCUGCCCCAACGGGAAAGCCGGCGCCCUCAAGUCCCGCAAGCCGGACAAAGUCCUGUUGAUCACCUCUGACGACGAGUUCUAGGACGCCGGGUGCAGGUGCGUGUGUCCUCGCCUCGAGCGCCUAGAGAAAACAAAGCUUCUCAGAGGACCAAAAAAAAAACAAAAAACUGUUGAAUUAGUACUGACACAAGAGGUCUUAAUGAACAUUUAUUUACAAUAGUUUUGAACACAUCAGUCAAUCAAGGUUUCUCUGUCUUGGCUUUAUUGUAAACACAGAAAAAUACCUCGGUGGUUUCUGGCAAGCCAAACAAGCAAAGACUACCGGAUGAUGGCAAAGGCUUGGAUCGCCAUCUAGUGGACAGCAUUUGCCAUUUUUGACACAUUUUGUUCUCAAAUCAUGGAGGAAUUCCUUAAAAGACAAACUGGUUUUGGAGCAGGUACUUCAAACUGCAGCAUGUUUUAUGUCGACAUCCAAUCGACCCAACCCUUCAAAGGGGGAGUUGAUUGGUCUUUUUCACUACUUUGAGUAGUCUAAAUAAACAGCAGAUUUUGUAGCAUCUGCACUAUUAUUACCGCUAUUUAUAAUUCAAUUUUAAUUAUGCACUGAAUUCAUUGAUGUAUUCUAAUAUUAAAAUGUUUUUUUGCAUGGGGAAAAAUGUCAAAUGUAGUAACUUAAAGGCCUACUGAAAUGAGAUUUUCUUAUUCAAACGGGGACAGCAGGUCCAUUCUAUGUGUCAUACUUGAUCAUUUCGCGAUAUUGCCAUAUUUUUGCUGAAAGGAUUUAGUAGAGAACAUCGACGAUAAAGUUGGCAACUUUUGGUCGCUAAUAAAAAAGCCUUGCCUGUACCGGAAGUAGCAGACGAUGUGCGCGUGACGUCACGGGUUGUGGAGCUCCUCACAUCUGAACAUUGUUUACAAUCAUGGCCACCAGCAGCGAGAGCGAUUCGGACCGAGAAAGCGACGACUUCCCCAUUAAUUUGAGCGAGGAUGAAAGAUUCGUGGAUGAGGAAAGUGAGAGUGAAGGACUACAAAAAAAAACUACACGGCAGAGCGAUUCAGAUGUUAAUAGACACAUUUACUAGGAUAAUUUUGGAAAAUCCCUUAUCUGCUUAUUGUGUUACUAGUGUUUUAGUGAGAUUAUACUGUCGUACCUGUUCAACCUGAAAGUCGGAGGGGCGUGGUGCCCGCCAGUCUCUCCAAAGAAAGCCACGUUUCUCGACGAGGCGAAGGCAGCCGUUGGAGUCGGGCUGAGAUUUUUCCCCCUUCUCCACGGUGGAAGCAUCUGACAGGUGCAGGAGGAACGACGCAAGCUCUCCGCUCAUGUCUACGGUAAAAGCCGACUUAUUACCCCCAUUUUCUCACCGAAACCUGCCGGUUGACAUGUGGUAGGGAACCAUGUUCCAUAGUAAAGUUUCACCGUCAUCUUUCGGGAAUGUAAACAAGGAAACACCGGCUGUGUUUGUGUUGCUAAAGGCGGCCGCAAUACACCACUUCCCACCUACAGCUUUCUUCUUUGACGUCUCCAUUAUUAAUUGAACAAAUUGCAAAAAGAUUCAGCAACACAGAUGUCCAUAAUACCGUGGAAUUAUGCGAUGAAAAGAGACGACUUAUAGCUGGGAACGGUGCUGGACCAAAAUUUCCUCUACAAUGCAUGAUACUUCCGAGCGAAAUUUUAAAAUUGUGAUUUAGAAAACUAAACCGGCCGUUUUGGCAUGUGUUGCAAUGUUAAUAUUUCAUCAUUAAUUUAUAAACUAUCAGACUGCGAGGUGGGUAGUAGUGGCUUUCAGUAGGCCUUUAAACACCUUUGUACAUACAAUUACAAAUACCGUAGUGCUCAUUUGUGCCAAUGAUCGCUGGUUUAUUAAAAAGAGAGCAAAAAAAAUGACCAGCAUAUGAGGUGUUUGGAUUUGAAUUCAUGCAGAAAUAAAAACGUGUGAGUGUG